CAAAUUUUAAUUCAAUAAAAUUAAAAACCCUAAAAACAACAAAAACUCAUCACCUCCAUCAAAUCAAAGCUACCUCCUUGUAGUAGCAUCAGACACCACAAAUUGAAGUUUCACCACUGAUCUCACAACCGGAGUUACUCGUCGGCCGCCACUAACACUGACUAAAUCAGGAAGUCAUGGCAAUGAACAAUGUUCGGUCUGUUAGAUGCAUUCUUAGCAGCACCAAAGAGGCAGUUAAGGUUGCGUGCCAGAGAACUUACGCAACUGGUAAAGCAAAGAAAGGAUCUAAAGGUGGUGGAACCGCAGAUGGACCGAAAGCUUCGUCUCUCAGCAAAGAAAUCAAGUCGACUACUGUCGUAGGUGCCAACAUUCUCAAGGAAGGAACUGAUCCAAAAAUAUUGCCUUACUCCGAAUACCCUGACUGGUUGUGGCAUCUGCUUGAUAAACGCCCUGCACUAAGUGAGUUACGUAGGAAGAAUCUCGAAGCACUACCUUAUGAAGAUCUAAAACGUUAUGUUAAGCUUGAUAAUCGAGCCAGGAUCAAGGAGAAUAACUCUCUCAAGGCUAAGAACUAAUUCAAUGUGGAAAAGAGAAUUAGUCUGAGGGUAGGACGUUUAAAGAACAAACAGUGUCAAGGUAUUUCAUUUUCCAGAUUUUGUGGUUCUCAGUCUUGUAAGAUUUCUUUGAGUAAUAAUAGAUUUAUAUGUUUGUGAAUUGUUGAAUAGCGCUAAAACCAAAUUUUUGCUUGGUUUAGUACUUUUGUUUUCCCCCCACUACUAUUCAGUUUGUUUUUCCCUUGGUUACAUUUGUUGAUUAAAUAGAACAUUGUCACUGUUUUUUGCCUUACCUUUUUAAAUUUGAUUAGCCCUGUAUUACUAUGUUGGUUGAAGAGGAUUCGUAUUCUUAUUUAAACAAA